AUGUCCACCCCGCGCGGCACCCCGAGCAUGAGCACGAGCAUGAUGAACAUCCCCGCAACGCAAAACACCGCGCCGGUGAUCAAGUUCCGCUGCCUGUACACGCACGACAUGCGACGCAAAGCCAAGCGCUGGCAAGACGGGUACCUGCGAUACCACACCUUCAACAAGCGGAUCAUGGUCUACGACACGGUCGGGAAUUACAUCGGCGAUCACCACUGGCGUCAGGACGAGGAAAUUCAAGAUGGCGACGAGCUGGAGCUCGAUAACGGGAUCCUGAUCGAGGUUGGCGAGUCGGUGGAGAGGACGGAGACGGAUGUGUCGAGCUUGCAUGGCAAGAAGAAGAGUCACAACCACAAUGGCAGAUCGCCGUUGAGACCGGGGGAGACUCCGAUGUCGUCGGUGUCGACGCCCUCGCGGUUCUCCCAGCAGAUGAGGUCGCUGAAUGAUCUGCUCGGGAUCAAGAAGUCUUCGACGUCGACGCAGCGCUCGGAUGCCUCGCUGGAAGAGAGACACCCGAAUCCGACGAGAUAUACCGAGGAGGUACCGGAUCGGCCUGCGAAACGACCAAGGAUGGUCGCGGACAGACAGGUUUCCAGCCACCGGCAGCGCGCAGUGAUCGACUUGACGGAAUCCACACCGGAUCCUAUACGACCUACACCUACAGGAGAGGCCAUAAGGCGGACCGAAGAUCUAGAUCGCAAAUCCCACAGGGACAAAUCCAGCAGAGAGAAAUCCAGAGACAACCCCAAGCACAAGGGAUCCUACGACGAAUUUCCCUCCGCCCCAGAACAACAGAUCCCAAACCCUCCCUCAAAGAGCGCCGCUGUCCCCGACCCCCCGAUGAACAAGAUUCGUCUGUCCACCGGGAAGCAGCGUAAGAAGAUGCUAUACCAGCCUGGCCUUAUAAACACUACACCUACAACAACAGCGGCAGCAGCAACCACAAGCAUAGCCACCAGCUCUGAUCCCGACCCCAAAAGACCAAUACCAAUACCACGACCAAGACCUACCCCAUCCAUUCUCCCACAGGCACAACCAAAACCCCAACACCAGCCUCCCCUCCCUCCUCACCAUGCAACCAGGAACAUCAAAACCCACGCCAUAGACAGCGACAGCGACAGCGAGGACUUGACCAUGACCACAACCAACCCCAACCCCAGAACAACCCACGCUCACACCAACACCCACACCCAUAUCCCACCCCCAAACCCACACCCCCAAUCAAAGCAACAACAACCCCUCCAAGCACCACCCAAGCCCAUACCAAUACCAAUGCCAAUGCCAAUCCCAACCCUCAAAUCCAAAUCCAGUCUCCGAAAAUCCUACUCCGACCCCACCGCCCUCGCAACCCCCAGAACGCUUGCGUCCCGGCGUCCAGAAAACCCGGACCAUGAUGCAGAAGCAGAACAGGGUCCGUGGACGAGAGAGGCGCGGUAUUUGUUUGACUUUUGGCCGCCGGGGAGGGAGAGGGUUGUUUGA